AUGAGCGGUGGUCCUGCAUCGGUCCAGAUGGACGAGGUCAGGAUCAGAUCCCAGUCCCUCCUCUCCGCCUCAGGUGUGGCCCAGGAUGUGAAGGCGGAGGUCCAAACCAUGGCCACCAUCGCCCUGCCUCUGUCAGAGAAGUACCGUCACAUCGGAGUGGAGGCCAUCUUGAAGGAGAACACAGCGUGCCGCAACAAACAGGAGGUUCUGGAGUCCUUGAGUAGACUGAUCAAGGCCUUCAGUAUCCUGGAGAAGUACGGCUGUAAUCUGACCAGUCCUGCUAGGCCCAAAUACUGGAGGAGCGUCAAGCACAACAACCCUGUCUUCAGAACCACUGUGGAUGCCGUUAAAGGAGGCCGGAGAAUCUUGUUUCUCUACGGUUACACCAACCAGCAGAUCGACGGCCUCAGUUUCCCAGAUGAAGUCGAUGGACCAGACACGGCUAAAGUUGCUUCGGUGACGCUGGAGGUCAUGACCUUACGCACAGAGGUGGACAUGGUCAUAAAGGGCACACAUCCUCACAUAGAACACUUCAAAGAUAUCAUCCCAUUCAUCAUCCAGCAGGAUAAUCUGGUGAAUGAUGCUGUGGUGAUCCCGCCUGCAGAGGAGCAGCCGCUUCUGGCUCUUCCUCUCAAACCCACUCCAGUCCUCGUAGCACAACCUCCGACACCAUCAACAGGCUCUUCUCCAGCGAGUAACUGUAACCUGUGUGGUGCCACAACAACUCUGUUUUGCCCGUCUUGUGACAAUCAAUCUUUCUGCGAUGCGUGCGAUGGCCUCUUUCACCGCCACCCUUCCAGAGCCAAUCACAAGAGAGACAAAGUACAGAAAACCAGACAGGAGGCCUGCACCAUCUGUGGGUCUUCUGCUCACGCUGCGUGCUCCACCUGCGACCAGAGGCUGUGUGAGAACUGUGACAAGCUGUUCCACUCUCACCCCGACCGCAUAGGACAUCACAGAAGUAUUAUUACACCAUCUAAAACAUCCAGUCCCUCUCUGUCCCCUUGGGAGUGUGCUCACUGCACCACAGUGAACGAGAUGCGAGCCGUGCUCUGCUCCACCUGCGAGCGCCCACGCCUCUCUACAGCUGCAUCCAUCGCUCUAGAGAGCCCCAUGUUGGUCCCUACAUCUCCCAGCACAGAUUGGCAGUGUAAGAGCUGCACAGUUGUGAAUCAGGGCAGCAGCAUCCUGUGUGAGGUGUGUGAGCGCCCCCGUCUGGCCACUCGCCCGCCUGUCGCCUCACUUCUGUCCAGCCUAGGGUCUCUGGUCAGCCCAGGGUCUCUGUCCGAGUCUGGGACAAAGUCUGUUUCACAGUGGAUGUGCGAGUUCUGCACCUACGUCAACACACAUCCCGUGGUGGUGUGUGAGAUGUGCAACCUGUCAGGUAAAGACUCAGCCCAGCCGGCUGCGUCCAGCCCCAAAGAAAAACCCAAGGUGGGAGUAAAGCCUCAACCCAAGCCCAGAGUCAACCUGGAUGUCAAAAGACAGAAGAUGAUGAGAGACGACGGCCUCUAUCUCCUCCAGCAGAUCAGAGAAGCAGAAAAGCGCGACAUCAGUGCUGAGGAGGUGUACGCAGCCAUCGGCCUGUGUGGCGGCAGCAACACCAACCCCUGUGAUUGGCUGACGUCAGAGCUGCCUCACCUGCUGGACCAAAUCUGCGCCAUGGCUGCUUCCGUUCAGCAACCCGCGGAGAAGAAAGUGGGUGAGGAGGAGCAGGAGGAGCACGGCGGGCAGAGCGUCGCAGGAGAAGGUGUGAAGCUGUCCAGAGCCGAGGCCAAGCUGGCCUGGCUGUCUGCAGGAGGAGACAUAGACAAGGCUGUGAGACAGCUGCUGAGGGACAGACGAGCCAAGAUGAAGGAGCUGCACUCUCUGGGCUUCAGAGACGCGCUGCAGUGUGAGGAGGCCCUGCGUCUGAGUGGAGGAGAGGUGAAGGGGGCUCUGUCUCUGCUGCAGCGCCCCCUGCUGGAGCCUUUCCACCAGCGAAUCUGGGCCAACCAGGUCGAGCCGCCAAUAGAUCCUUCAGACCCGGACAAACAGAGGAUGUGCAGGCGUCUGCUGGCGCUGUACGAGCUGCCCAGCUGGGGGCGCUGCGAGCUGGUCCUCUCGCUGCUGCAGGAGCCCGACGCCACCUACACUCUGGAGGACGUGGUGCAGGCCGUGAAGGAGUCCCAAGACAAGGACUUCAUCAGGCGUGUCCUCAAGAACGAAUGCCCCUGCUGUCUGAGCAGCUUCCCCCGCAGCAAGAUGCAGUCCCUGACUUCCUGUCAGUGCUCCGUGUGCCACGAAUGCUUCGGGUCCUACUUCAACAUCACCGUGAGAGACAAACAUAUCCGAGACAUGGUGUGUCCCAUCUGCAGCGAGCCGGACAUCAACGACCCCGAACAGCUGGACAGUUACUUUUCCACACUGGACAUACAGCUGCGGGGCUGCCUUGAGCCAGGCGUGUACGAUAUGUUCCAUAAAAAGCUGACUGAGCACGCGCUGAUGAAAGACCCAAAGUUCCUCUGGUGCUGUCAUUGCACCUCUGGGUUUAUCAAUGAUGGAGACCAGCUGAAGGUCACCUGCCCUCAUUGCAACAAGAGUCUGUGCGCUCGCUGCAAGAAAGCUUGGGAGCCCCAGCACCAGGAUCUGUCCUGUGAGCAGUUCCAGCAGUGGAAGAGGGACAAUGACCCCGAGUACCAGAGGCAGGGCCUGGCCGGGUUCCUGAGGGACAACGGCAUCACCUGUCCUCAAUGCAAGUUCCAGUACGCUCUGACCAGAGGCGGCUGCAUGCACUUCAGCUGCUCCCAGUGCAGGUACCAGUUCUGCAGCGGCUGCAACAACCCCUACCACAAGACAAUUUGUAAAACGCCCCGUUGCAAUUACAACGGCCUGCAUGCUCAUCACCCCCGGGACUGUCUGUUCUACCUCAGAGACUGGGAACCCCCCCGACUGCAGGCCCUGCUGCAGAAGCGCGCUGUGGAGUUCAACACAGAUCCCUCUAAUGGAGCACAAACUGAUGUCUGUGGUCUGAUGGAGCAGAAGGAUGAAGCAGGGCAGCAGAUUGAUUCCCCGUGUGGACACCAGACUCAGCCGGGACAGGCCGGACUCUGCGAGAGACACUACAGGGAGUACCUGGUGAGUCUGAUCAACGCUCACUCUCUGGACCCCGCGCUGCUCUACGAUACUCCGGAGCUCAUUCGAGCCUGUGAGAGAUACCAGGUGGACGAGCAGAAGGGAGAGAACGAGGACGAUAAUGUCUACCAGGCUCGACUUAUUAAGAAACUGAUGGAGGUCCCUCUUGGAGAAAAAGUUCCAAGAAACAAAUAAAUGUCUGGAAAGCAAAUCACUCAAACCACAAGAUGCAGCUCGGGCCGAUUUUAAUCUGCAAAGUCAUUUACAGUCACUCUGAAAAGAUGUGUGACUCAUAGGAGUGUCCGUGUGACAAAACAAAAUGAGGAACAUUUAAUUGGGGACAGCGGUUUCUCGUUUGUGAUCUUUUAUCUUAUCUGAAGCCUUUGUCUGUUCCUUCUCUCACAUUUGAAGAUGAAACAUGUUGAUACUCAUGAUAAAAGGAAUAUUUUGUUCCUUGGUGAUUUUCAUCUCAAUUUAUCAGACAGUUUUUAACAUUUUUAUAAAUGUAAAGGAAUUAUAUGCAGGAUAGGGUACACGAUCUUAUAUGAAUAUGACAUUUAGCCGAUUUAUCUUUUGCACUUUAAAGAAGAGCCUCUUUUCGGAAAUGUAUGUAAAAUAUUGUGCAAAAUUAUAUAUUAAUAGUAAGAAUGUUGAUACUUUUAAUAAAAGACACAUUAAAUGUU